UCGCAGCCGGCUGCGACACAGCCUGGGAUCGAACCCAGGUCUGUAGUGACGACUCAAGCGCCUUAGACCACUGCGCCACUCGGGAGGCCCGCUAAGGAGUAUUUCUGUCUGUAAUAAAACCCUUUUGUUGGCGGGGGAAACAACCAAUUCUGAGUGGGUGGGACUGGCUCUCAAGUGGGUGGGCCUAUGGCUUCCUAAGCCCACCCAUGGUAGCGCUCCUGCCCAGUAAUGUGAAAUCUGUAGACGAGGGUCUAACCAAUUUAUUUCAAUUGACACAUUUUCUUAUAUGAACUGUAAGUAAUUUUUGAAAUUGUUGCAAUUUGCGUUAAUAUUUUUGUUCAGUAUAGUUGCUGUGCAUGGAUGGGUUCUGUUUUGUAUGCAGAUUUGGGUAUUUAUGUAAUGUAUUAAGGGGUUUAAGACAUUGCACAUUGGGCUUGUUUUUAAUUAUUUUUCAAAUGUUUUAUACGUGCAUUCAGUCUGAUCUGACUGUAUGAAUGUUCCAUUUUAUUUCUAGAUGGAAACUAGACAUUUUUAAAAGAAAUCGAUGGGAUGACCACUAAUCUCUUUUUUUAAUAUCAAUAUGGUGUUACAAUAAACUGUAUACUUAUACAUCUUUACCAAGUUUUUAUUUACAACUGAAUUUUAGUACAUCUUAAUAAACUACGCUUCCAAAUGUCUAGGAACCUUUAAUGAUCCGGUUUCUUUUGUCGGGUAGGAAAUGUAGUUUGUGUCAAAUUUCCUUGUUAUCGCGCUGACCAAAAUUAAAACUACAACUCCCAUGUAACUAUCGUCAAGGUGUUUCUUUCAAUAUGGCUGUUGUCAGUCAGACAAAAGACAAAACAGUCCGCUUGUGAUUGAAAUCUAGUAAAAAGGGCCGGGCAAGAAGUGGUUUUCCCGACCGCCACACGCUGUUUUGUGGUGGUGCAAUAAUUAAAGGGUCAAGUGUACGGAGGCACAUCGAGAUAGCCAGCUAACAUAAGGAUGUCUCAUUACACAGACGAGCCUCGCUUCACCAUCGAGCAGAUCGACUUGCUCCAGAGGCUGCGGCGUACGGGCAUGACCAAGCAAGAGAUCCUCCACGCCCUGGACACCCUAGACCGGCUGGACCGCGAGCACGGGGACAAGUUCGGUCGUCGCACCUCCUCCUCCUACGGAGGAGGAGCAAAUAGCUCUGUGUCCGACCCCAAUAGCACCACCACAAACAACAACAACAACAACAACCCUGCCUCUGUUUCUGCCGCCACCACCUCCUCAACAACAUCCUCUUCCUGUGGUAGUAAUCAUAAUAAUGGUGGAAGCAGUAAUGUUAACAUGGCCCUGGCCUCAUCCUCCACCAACUCUACCGCCACACAGACACAGUACCUCCCUCCACGUGGGGGGCUCUCCCCGUCGCCUAGCAACGGCUACGACACCUCCCCACCACCCGGCCCGCCCCCGCCCUCUGCCAUCCUCUCGUCCCCGGUGUCGCUGGUCGCCAUGGUGCAGAACGGGGGUCGGGACAGCCUGGCAGCAACGCCCAAUGGGAAGCUCUCGCCGCCUCGGUACCCAAUGAAUAGCGCUGCUGCCGUCAGGCCGUUCGGGUUCGAGGCCACGGAGGAGGAGCUGGACAUUGAUGACAAGGUGGAGGAGCUCAUGAGGAGGGACAGCAGUAUCGUCAAGGAGGAGAUCAAGUCCUUUCUGGGAAACAGGAGAAUCUCUCAGGCUGUGGUGGCUCAGGUCACAGGUAUCAGUCAGAGCAGGAUCUCUCAUUGGUUGCUCCAGCACGGCUCUGAUCUCAGCGAACAGAAGAAGAGAGCUUUCUACCGCUGGUACCAGCUAGAGAAAACUACCCCAGGUGCCACUCUAAACAUGUGCCCUGCCCCCAUGGCUCUGGAGGAGAUGGAGUGGAGACAGACCCCACCCCCUAUAAGCACCGCCCCCGGGAGCUUCCGGCUUCGGCGUGGGAGUCGCUUUACCUGGAGGAAGGAAUGUCUGGCUGUGAUGGAGAGCUACUUCAAUGACAACCAGUACCCCGACGAAGCCAAGAGAGAGGAGAUCGCCAACGCCUGCAACGCGGUUAUCCAGAAACCAGGGAAGAAGCUUUCUGACCUGGAGAGAGUCACAUCCCUCAAAGUCUACAACUGGUUUGCCAACCGACGCAAGGAGAUCAAGAGACGGGCUAAUAUUGAAGCCACGAUCUUGGAGAGCCAUGGGAUAGACGUUCAGAGUCCUGGAGGACAUUCCAACAGCGACGACAUCGAUGGAGGCGACUACACAGAACAGGCUUGUGACCUGCCCUACUUCGACAAGAGACCCAUGGCCAGACCCUUUGGCUUCUACAGGCUGGAGCCCACUUCACCCACACAGGAUGAUGGUCCAGGCCAUGGAGACCACCAGGACCCCAUCUCUCUGGCCGUUGAGAUGGCAGCAGUCAACCACACCAUCCUGGCUCUUUCCCGGACCGGAGGGGUGCCCAGCGACAUCAAGACAGAGGCCCUGGAUGAUGACUAAACACGGGGAGGAGGAAGAGGGGAGGGGGUUACUGGAUGGAUGACUGAAUGAG